AUGGCAACUAAACGUUCAGCAUCUGAUCCUGUUCCUCCUGUUAGUACAGAAAAAGCCUCGAGGGGUAUAUGGUUAGUUAAAGUGCCUCGUUAUCUUUCUGAAGUUUGGGAGAAGAGGGCUGGGGAAGUUGUUGGCAGAUUAGUUCAUCAAGUUGGUGGAGAAACAAUUUUUCAUAGCAAUAUUACUGAAGUAUCUACAGACAAGCAAUCGGUAUUUAAUUCUUCACAAAAUAAAGUAAAUCAAAAAUCUACUGACUCCAAAAUUAUGGAUAUUCCUCAGCAACACAAAUUUAUUACAAGAGAUGUAAAGAAUCAAUCCUUUGCUGUUCUCUCUGAAGACAAAUCUGGUUUAGAGGAAGAUUCUGAAUUAGUAACUGGAAAAUUAAGCAUUGAAGGAAGGAUUGUUAUUCGCGCUGAAUGUCAACCACCAAAUUCUGUUGAUUAUAUGAAAAUGAAGAUUCAACAAAUACAAAAGAUUAGUCAACCGAAAAAAACUGUGCAACAAGUUGAACGGGCUGUUGUUAAAUACAAACCAAUAAAUGCUCACCAAGAACAUAUAGCUAAAGAUAAAGCUAAAAAAGAAGGAACACGAGCUGUUCGGUUGGAAAAGGAUGAUGUUGUAAAAUUGCUUUUUCAUGCAUUUGAGAAACAUCAGUUUUAUAGGCAAAUUGAUCUCCAAAAAUUGACAAAUCAACCAGCGGGUAUGGUGCGAGAUGUGUUAAACGAUAUUGGUCUUUACCAUGACAGUGCACCUCAUAAAUCAAUGUGGGAGCUUAAGCCAGAAUAUAGAAAUUAUAAUGAAGAAUUAGCCAAGAAUAUAGAGAAAAAGGGUUUAUAA